CGAAAAGCUGUUUUUACACAUCUGAGCCGUAAAGUAUUUUUGAUUGUAUGUCCUGCAUUAAGGAAAAUUUAAACCUCCGUUCUGAGGCAUGUCUACUCCAAGUGAAGAAAAUGUUCAAAAGCCCAAGACUCCCACUUACAAAGAAAUAGAUGGACUUCUGAUUUCAAGCAUAUUUUCAGAGGAGAGUUUCAGAUCUGCUGUAGCAUACAAGCCUAGACCCGGUGACCUGUUCAUCGUCACUUAUCCUAAAUGUGGUACCACAUGGAUGCAGAACUUGGUGGCUUGUAUUUUCAGAGAAGGCAGGCCUUUCACGUCUGGCCUAGAAUUCUUUCUGGAGACCCCUUUCCUGGAGUUGACCGGAGCAGAGGGGGCAGAAAAGAUGAAAAGACCAGGCUCAAUCAAGCUUCAUCUUCCGUUCCAUAAGACACCGUGGUCUCCAGAGGCUAAAUACAUUUUUGUAGCCAGAAAUCCUAAGGACUGCUGCGUUUCUCAUUACCAUCAUACAAAGAACAACUUCGCAUACCUGUUCUCAGAUGGAACAUUCGACGAUUUCUUUGAGGCUUUCAUCAAGGGAGAAGUGGGUUUUGGUGACUACUUUGACACUACGCUUUCUUGGUGGGAGCACAGGAAUGACCCAAAUGUUAUUUUCGUCAUUUAUGAAGAACUUAAGAAGGACACAGUCAACAACGUUUUGAAAAUAGCCGGCUUUAUCGGCUCGGAAUAUAAAAAAAAAACUAGAAAAAGAUGCAAAAAUGCUCCAAGAUGUGAUCCACCACAGCAGCUUCGAAUUCAUGAAUGAACACCUAACAAGCAAAUCAAGGAAGUGCUAACAUUGCCCAAGGAAGAGGUACGGAAUAAUUCAGAUAUUCCAACAGGGCUGAAGUCUUUACUACUCAGAGAUCGGGUCGAAACUUCGAAUAAAGAUACAUCAUCGAAAUUAAUAAGAAAAGGUAUCAUAGGGGAUUGGCGAAAUUAUUUCUCACCGACUCAAAACGCCAGAAUGAAUAAGAAAUUCAGAGAGAAGUUUGCGGGAACAGGUCUUCUGGAUUUGUGGAAGGAUGAUAUGUGAAUGCGUUUUCUUCCUUUCGAGGAAUGAAUUGUAAUUUUGAGAGCAAGAUUUUUGUAAUUGUAUGUGG